CUGGUUCGUGUUUCCGCUACACGCGCCUCUGUUGCUAAGUAACCUCUGCAGGGGGUGUUGGCCGCAUCGACGGAUGCUACUAGCGUACCCUCAAACGUUGCCGUUUCAGACACAAAACUGAACGAGCUUUGCUGACAAGGAGGAUGGACGGAGGCACCGAGUUAUCUCUGACCAUCGCUCAGAUCGUGCAGCGGCUAAAAGGAAGCCAUUUACACUCUCAGAUAGAGAGACAAGCCAAAGAGUGUUUACAUCAACCUGAGAUAAAAUUGGAGUCCCUUAAAGAGGACGUACGCAGUUUUCUCAAAACAUCAGGCUGGGAAAGAAAGCUGCAGAAUGCAGUCUACAGAGAACUACAUGUCCAGCUGCCCCCGAGCCAUCCUGCGGCUCCUCCAGAGCAUCUCAAAGAGCCGCUGGCCUACAUGCGCAAGGCACAGGCCAGCUGGGAGAAGCGCAUUCUUAAAAGCCUGAACAGCAUGAGCACAGAGCUUGAAGUGCCUCUGGCUCGCAUGAGGCCCGCAGUGGAGCAGAAGGAGCUCACCAACAAAUGGAACGAGAUGGGCACAGAUGAACCAGAUUUAAGUCGGUUUAGGCCUGUCUACGCCCCUAAAGACUUUCUGGAGGUGUUAAUCACCCUGCGGAAUCCAAAUCAUGAUAGCAGCGAGGACGUCAGCGCCAGGAGCCACUGGGGGCUCAUCCAGGUUCCCCUCAAUGUCAGGGACAUCCCACAGCUGAGACAGGCCUUCUCAGAGCUGAACCUGACUACUGGGCAGUUGGGGAUUGAUGACCAUGCACAUAUCCAUCCAGACUUGUUUGAAAACGAGUAUGUUCAAAUCGGGAAAAAAGUGGUUAUGGAGCAGGACAGUGCAGCUGCUCAGCAGUACAGCAGGCAGGGCUGUCCCACCGGGCUCCGGGCAGACCUGUGGGCCCUCAUCCUUAACAUUACUAACCAGCCGCAGGAUGUGAUGCAUUACGAACAGCUAAAGGCUGGAGUCAUACAAUAUGACCUGCUGGUGGACAGCCUUAUCUAUAAGGAUGUGAAGCUCACCGCCAGUAAUGACGACUACUACUUUGUGUUUGAAGAUUUCCUCUAUCAGGUGUUGCUGUGUUUUUCUCGUGACACGGCCGUCUUGGAUCACUUCAAAUACAACAGUGCUACUCCCCCCAAAUCCUACAUCCAGGGGAAGGUCGGAGAUGAGGAGUGCGCUGUUGUUUAUCCUCCCAACGGUGUAAUCCCUUUCCACGGAUUUUCAAUGUAUGUGGCACCUUUGUGUUUCCUGUACAACGAGCCAUCCAAGCUGUACAGUGUAUUCAGGGAAAUGUACAUCCGCUACUUCUUCAGGUUGCACUCCAUGUCCUCCUCUCCCUCGGGUAUUGUGUCAUUGUGCCUGCAGUUUGAGCGGCUGCUCCAAACCCACCUGCCUCAGCUCUUCUACCACCUUCGACAGAUUGGGGCGCAGCCGUUGCGUAUUGCCUUUAAGUGGAUGGUGCGAGCCUUUUCUGGCUAUCUGUCCACUGACCAACUGCUCCUUCUCUGGGACCGAAUCCUGGGAUACGACUCACUGGAGGUAGUCGCGGUCCUAGCAGCAGCUGUGUUUGCCUUUCGUGCUGAGAACCUGAUGGAAGUGACAUCACUGGCCUCAGCCGAGGCUGUCCUCGCUGACCUUUCAACCCUGAAGGUCAUGCCGCUCAUCCAGAUCUUUCUAUUUGCCACCACCAUCUGAAGAGCUUGGAAAACUGCAGUGUAUGAGUCGUGGUACGCACACACCACUUGGAGGAUGUCUACAAAAAAAACAAAAAAAACAAGGCUGCUUUGCAGUGCUAUAACCACACUCGCUAUUUUUCAUCCACCGAGAGACACCAGUGUGACAUAUCAAGAAACAAUGGAGGAAAAACCUACACAGUCACUGCACACUUCAUCUUGCACUACUUCAGCCAAAAACUAAGCCAUAAUGCUCUUCAGCAUGGAUGCACCAUAAAUAAUGAAUAACCUGUAUCAUGUUAUCAGAUGUUAUACAGUAUUUAAGUAUAGGCUACAGACCACUAAGUUCAUACUAAUCUCCUAAAGCCAUAUGCUCUGCAGGAAAGAUGAUACAUGCAGCAGAGCUUGGAUCAGCUGAGGUGCUCAUUAGUAGAUCGGUUGCAUGAAGCAGUAAUUGUAUUGCGAUAGCAGCAUGCGAGAGAGAACAACAGUAGCGUCUCCAAGCUUGGCUAAUGAAGUGUUAAUUAGCUCUUGUAAUUUAUCCUCCCGUGUAGCUCCUGCUUGUUCUAACGUUGUUAGAUAAUGACGUUGCCAACGAGUGAGGAGAUUGGGAGCAGUGGAAGCACGGGAUUAAAAUGUAACUUAUAUGAUUAGAAGUUGCUCUGUAUGCACAUUGUAUUAUGGUAUUCGUGGAGAUAUUGCAUAUGAACUGCACUCUCAAGGGACGUUUAGUGCCUCCAGUGCCACUAUUUAUUUUAUUUCAUUCUAUACAUUUUAUGUUCUUCGUUCUUCUUCUUUUUUUUGCAUUAUGCAUUUGAUUCCUGAAUGUAUUUAAAAUGCAGUGUUUGUGAACUUUGAUUCAGAUGAAAUGAAAUGUUUUUUUUAUUUAUUUAUUAUGCUUCAUCCAGCACAUUUUAAGGUUUAUCAUAACUUGAAAUCACACUUUUUUUUAAUAAAAUGGAAUUUUGUCAAAUCA